AAGCCACCUCCAGCCGCGUCAGAGACCAGAAUAACGCCGGAGACUCAGACGCAGCACACACGGCUCAUUUUCUCUCUUCACCGAGCGCUUGGAUCUUUAUCGCUAUGACUCUGGAAGAGAUCCGCGGACAAGAGAACACCAUGGAAAACGCUGAUAGAGUGCAAAGUGCAGGCGCAGCCCUGGAGGAGCUGCUGGUCGCUGCUAAGCAGCAGGACUUCCUGACCGUCGGAGUUUACGAGUCUGCUAAAGUCAUGAAUGUUGACCCAGACAGCGUGGCAUUCUGUGUCCUCGCCACGGAUGAGGAGUACGAGUGUGACAUUGCGCUUCAGAUCCACUUCACCCUCAUCCAGGCUUUCUGCUUCGAUAAUGACAUCAACGUGGUGCGCGUGAAUGACAUCGAGCGCCUGGCGGACCUCGUGGGUGCAGACGAGAGCGGCGAGCCCAAGGACGCGCACUGCAUUCUUGUCACGAGCCCCAGUGCAAACCCAUGGAAAGACCCUGCUCUGGACAAGCUGAGUCUGUUCUGCGAGGAAAGCCGCAGUGCAUACGACUGGGUGCCCACCAUAACCCUGCCAGAGCGCUGAGGUGACGUCACACCAAAACGCUGCUGAUGAGGAUCGUGAAAAAGAAAGUCAAGAAGUUGACCUUCAGCUGAGCGACUCGAGGAGCCGUGUGCGUCUGGAUUAAGAGGCUCUGGCUGCAUCCCCAGUCUGCAACCCUUCCAGAGCGUUCUGGGUCGGCGAGUUGGUUCUGGAUCACCCCCAUCCCCCUGUGAUGAUGGGGCUGAAGUUCUGAGAUCAGUGUCGACUGAGUCAAAUGGCACAACGCUUUAUGGACACUAAGGAGGAGGUGGACUGUGCUGGAUGGUGACCCUGUGCUGCCCCCAUGUGUGGAGCUGAGCAGCGGGGAGAGGUGCAGUGGAAUUCUGAAAGUGGAGACCGACUGGAUCUCACUACAAAGGAACAGUUCCGGUUCAGAAGAUGAAAGUGUCAAAGUGGAAUCUUUCUUUUUGAGCGCAGCUAUCAGGAACUUCUUGGAAUAAGCAGAGACUUUGCUUGCAAAUCCUGAUAAGAGCUGUGAGACUCUUGUGGACUUCUUUACACACUAUCAUUAUUGUUGAAUGUGCAUACUGAAGAACGCAACAUCCGUUUGAAUUGUACUGAAAUGCUUUGUGAAUAAACAUGUAGAAUCAAAA